AUGACGACUGAACCACAGCAGCAGUCGCCGACCAUGGCGACGAGCUCGUCCCCUUCCACCUUUGAAGCGACUCACGCCAUGCGAUCCGCGUCUACCUCAUCCACUCCUCUCCCUGCGGCAGCUGCAUCGCCCUUGGAGCCCGUCGCUAGCGACUCUGAUGCUUUGUCGGGCAGCAAGACAGCCUUUGUCUCGGGCGACAACUUCUUUUCGUGGCGCGACAUCACCUACGAUGUGCUCCUCUCCAAAGCUCGACGCAAAGAGAUCAAGAAGCAGGGCAAAGAUGCUUCCUCUCCGUCUUCCCCACCGCAAGAGAAGGCCUCUCAGGCAGAAAAGGGCUCGGCAAGUCCCACAGACACUCUCGAUGAAGAGAAGCUGGAAGAAUUCAACGAAACUUUCCCACACCUUCCUCCUCUGGACCCGAUGAGGCGACGUGUGCUCAACGGCGUGAGUGGGCACGUGAAGCGAGGCGAGAUGGUCGCCAUCCUCGGUGCUUCCGGCGCCGGCAAGACAUCUCUCCUCUCCACGCUGUCAGCUCGUCUCGACAAGUCGUCCGAUAUCGCCGGCGAGGUGCUCUUCCAAGGCAAGCAGCGUAAUCCAGCCACGUGGAAGCGCUUGACCGGCUUCGUCGAGCAGGAUGAUCUCAUGUUCUCCGCUCUCACUGUCCAGGAGACGCUACAGUACUCGGCCGAUCUGCGUCUGCCGAAGCGACUCUAUAACAAGCAGGAACGUAAGCAGCGCGUCGAAGACAGCAUCGCCAUGCUUCGUCUCGAGAAGUGUAGGGACACGCGCAUCGGCGGAACCGGCCAACGAGGUGUCUCAGGCGGUGAACGCAAGCGUGUGGCCGUCGGAACAGAGCUCGUUGCGGACGUCAGUGUGCUUCUCCUGGACGAGCCAACAUCCGGUCUAGAUGCAUUCGCAGCACUCAACCUGGUUAAGAACCUCAAGGAAAUUACGCGGGAGCGCGAUCUCUAUACGCUCAUGACGAUCCACCAACCCUCGUGGAACAUCUUCAAGCACUUUGACAAGGUGAUCCUGCUCACCCGGGGUCAGAUCUACUACUCUGGUCCGCCGGCGCUCGCGCCUUCCUGGUUUGAAUCGCUGGGCCACAACGUGCCUGAAGGUGUCAACCCCGCUGACUACUACAUCACAAUCGCAGAGAACUAUGAGAAGACCAACGCCGCUGAACAGCGUGUUCGCGGACUUCUCUCUUCGUGGCGCCAGAACGGCGACUCACUCACAGCAGAGCGGGCUGCAAAGGAACUCGCAACGACCAGCCAGAGACCAACCGAGAUGGAUCGCAAGCCCUCCCGCAUCGUUCCAAAGAGUAGCGACGCGACUGAACUCGCCGGAACGUGGCCCAACUCGUGGCUCCACGAGCUCUCCGUUCUCACCCAUCGCUGCGCGAUGCUCAUCUUCAAGGACCCGACCAUUGUCUUUGCCUCGUUAGGCCAGAACAUCAUUCUGUUGAUCAUCAUCGGCUUCGCGUUCUUCCGUCUGCCUUUGGACCAGGGCGGCGUGCUUGCUCGUGUCGGCGCGCUCUUCAUCAUCCCGGUCAACGCUUCCUUUGCCGUGCUCUUUCCGAUUCUCGCCAUCUUCCCUCUGCAGCGCGACAUCAUGCUGCGAGAGCGGUCCGCGGGGACGUACCGAAUCUCGUCUUUCUACCUGUCCAAGAUCAUCACCGAGGUGCCGAACCAGCUCUCCCAGCGUCUCCUCUUCUACGUCGUCAUUUAUUGGAUGGUCGGUCUGCGCCAGUCGGCGGGCAAAUUCUUCAUCUGGAUCGCGAUCAACCUGCUGCAGGUCAGCACGGCAAUCGGAUUGGGACUCGUCAUUGGCUGCGGCGCAAAGAGCAUCGAGCUCGCCAACAUCUUUGCGCCCGUGAUCAACGUCAUCUUCUUGCUCUUCGGCGGCAAUCUUCUCCCUCUUUCCUCCAUCCCCCCGUGGCUGAUUUAUUUGCACUGGAUGUCGCCCAUCACGUACACCUACUCAGCGCUGGCGCAAAACGAGUUCCGAGGGCUGCAGUUCACGUGCACGGCCGACAGCCAACAGUGCUACAGGAGGGGCGAGGACGUGCUCAACCAGUACGAUUUGGGCCGUUUCACGAUUGCAGAGAAUGCAGGAUUCUUGGGCGCCAUCACCGUCGUCUUCUUGGCCCUCGGAUACGUGUUCCUGCGAUGGUUUGGUAAACCAUCGUUCAGGUAUGUUCAGCCAAAGAAGGCCUUGUCGGCACAGUAA